AUGCCCGGUUUCUCGCAGGCUUCGGAUCUCAGCGCUUGGAAGAAGCUCCAGGAGCACCAUACCACCCUGGGUCGCAACAUUGUGCUCAAGGAGUACUUCCAGAAGGACCCCCAGCGCUUCGAGAAGUUCAGCCGCAAGUUCGCCAACCCCGUGGACAACUCGGAGAUUCUCUUCGACUACUCCAAAAACUUCCUCACCGAGGAGACCUUGAGCCUGCUGGUUCAGCUGGCCAAGGAGGCCAAUGUCGAACAGCUGCGGGAUGCCAUGUUCAAGGGUGAGCACAUCAACUUCACCGAGGACCGUGCCGUCUACCACGCCGCCCUGCGCAAUGUCUCCAAUGAGCCCAUGCAGGUGGAUGGCAAGAGUGUCGUCGAGGAUGUCAACUCAGUCCUGGAGCACAUGAAGGAAUUUUCCGAGCAGGUGCGCAGCGGCGAGUGGAAGGGUUACACGGGCAAGAAGAUCAACACCAUCAUCAACAUUGGUAUCGGUGGUUCCGAUCUCGGCCCUGUUAUGGUCACUGAGGCGCUGAAGCCAUACGGACACCCUGACUUCACGCUCCACUUCGUCUCCAACAUUGACGGUACCCACAUCGCCGAAGCCCUGAAGAACUCGGACCCGGAGACCACCCUCUUCCUGAUCGCCUCCAAGACUUUCACCACCGCUGAGACCACCACCAACGCCAACAGCGCGAAGGCCUGGUUCCUGGAGUCGGCCAAAGAUGAGUCGCACAUCGCCAAGCACUUCGUCGCCCUCUCGACCAACGAGCCUGAGGUCACCAAGUUCGGCAUUGACAGUAAGAAUAUGUUCGGAUUCGAGUCGUGGGUGGGUGGCCGCUACUCGGUAUGGAGCGCCAUCGGUCUGUCGGUGGCUCUGUACAUCGGCUUCGACAACUUCCAUCAGUUCCUGGCUGGUGCCCACGCCAUGGACAAGCACUUCCGCGAAGCACCCCUGGAGCAGAACAUCCCCGCGAUUGGUGGUCUGCUGAGCGUCUGGUACAGCGACUUCUUCGGAGCCCAAACUCACCUGGUGGCUCCGUUCGACCAGUACCUGCACCGGUUCCCGGCCUACCUGCAGCAGCUGUCCAUGGAGAGCAAUGGUAAGGCGAUCACGCGCUCAGGCGACUAUGUCAAGUACACCACGGGCCCGAUCCUCUUCGGUGAGCCGGCCACCAACGCGCAGCACAGCUUCUUCCAGCUGCUGCACCAGGGCACCAAGCUCAUCCCUGCCGAUUUCCUCAUGGCGGCCGAGUCGCACAACCCCGUUGAGAACGGCAAGCACCAGCGUAUGCUGGCAUCCAACUUCCUCGCCCAGUCCGAAGCUCUGAUGGUUGGCAAGACCCCCGAGCAGGUCAAGGCCGAGGGUGCCCCUGACCACCUCGUCGCCCACAAGACCUUCCUGGGCAACCGCCCCACGACCUCGAUCCUGGCCCAGAAGAUCACUCCGUCCACGCUGGGUGCUCUGAUCACCUACUACGAGCACCUCACCUUCACUGAGGGUGCCAUCUGGAAUAUCAACUCCUUCGACCAGUGGGGUGUGGAGCUGGGCAAGGUCCUCGCCAAGAAGAUCCAGAAGGAGCUGGAGACCUCGGGCGACGGCGCUGACCACGACGCCUCGACUAGUGGACUGCUGUAUGCAUUCAAGCAGAAGGCCAACCUGUCAAUGUCUCCUGUACGCCAAUUGGCUCGAUUCCCUGCCGUGCUCCUUUCCCUGGGCGCGUUGUGGCCAGUUGGCUUCGCGGCGGGGACAAGCGGCGGGGAGGGAUACAAACUGGGCGAUGAGAUCCCGGUGUCGUGUCUGAACCGGACGAUCGAAGACGAAAACAACAUCCUCGACCACACGGGCAAAGACAAAGAAAGGGCUAACACAAACAAUCGCAAUCAGAUCACCGACAGUCUCGGCAAGCUUGAAUACAUUCCAUUCGCAACCUGCAAUGAGACCUCGGGCCCGUUUGCGCUCCACUACGGCGUGUCCGAGACCAUCACCUGCACCAUCCCGGCGCUGACCGACUCGCUCUACCACCUCCUCGAAUUCUACGUGCACUCCGACGUCCCCGUCACCUGCCGCGUGCCGACAGCGCCUCUCACAGGACCCGGCAGCAGCGCCGUGAAAGAACAGAAUGGCGAGUCCUCCGAGGCCGGCGAAGGGGCAGAUUCGCUGGCCGCGCUGAGCGACAACGGGCCGGCGUUCACGCCGCUGACCGUCGCGCUCCAGGGCACACUACAGCUGAGCCACCUGCACGUCUGGACGGAUAUGAACGUGCUGAUGCACAACAUGGCGUCGGAUGCCGCGGCGCAGCAACCGCGGCCUCAGCGUGGCCAGACAGGACAGCCGGGCUUCGCGGUGGCAGGGACGGCGUACUCUCUUCCCGAGCUCGAGACUGCCCUGCAGAACAAGAAGCUCAAUGAGGAUGACCGCGCCGUGGCGCUUGUGCAGGCUGCGCGGGAGCCCUGGACGGCCGGCCAUGGGACCAAGGUCGUGCGCGGCGAGCCGCUGGCUUUUACGUUCCAUGUUGCCUGGGUGGAGGGUGGCGCUAGUAUCGGGUGGCCGGCGCGUUCGGCGUCCGAGUCGUUUCUGCCUGUUGGCAAGGGCUCGUCAGCUGGAUCGCUGUUCUCGAAGCUGGUGUUCUUUGUGCUGGCGGCUUCCGUGGGCGCUUUGUUUGCCCUGUACUGGGAGCGCAAUGGGGGCCGUUGGAGCAGGGGUCCUGCCUGGUAUGGCGAUGGCAUUUUGGGUGUGCCAUCUGGUCGAGGGAAAGGGUCUGGGGUCACAUUUGGGAAUGGCGGAAAAAUCAAUGGCUAUGGAGGCUAUUCGGCGGCCACGACCAGUCCUGCGGCUGGCGGGGGUUAUUUUGGGUAUGGAGGAUUUGCCGGUGGGAAGAAGGAUUGA